AUGCGCCCCGGCUGUCACGACUCUGACGCUGCUGCGGCUGCUGCAGGUGCAAACAUGGCGAUGAAGGCGCUCAGAGGGAUGGUGAACGGAGCCAUGAGCGAGCUGUCCUCGGCCGUCAGCGGGAACAGACCCACGGCCGCCGCUCCGGCCGCCCGGGAGCAUGUGAUGGCCGUGCGUCGGGAUUAUAUAUCCCAGCCCCGCCUCACCUAUAAAACAGUGUCUGGAGUCAACGGGCCGCUGGUGAUUUUGGAUCAGGUCAAGUUUCCGAGGUACGCAGAGAUCGUCCAUCUCACCCUGCCGGAUGGAACCAAGAGGAGCGGGCAGGUGCUGGAGGUCAUCGGGUCCAAGGCUGUGGUGCAGGUGUUUGAGGGGACCUCAGGCAUCGACGCCAAGAAGACCAGUUGUGAGUUCACAGGAGACAUCUUACGGACACCCGUCUCCGAGGACAUGCUGGGUCGUGUGUUUAAUGGGUCUGGGAAACCUAUCGACAGAGGCCCUGCAGUCCUGGCUGAGGACUUCUUGGACAUCAUGGGCCAACCUAUAAACCCUCAGUGUCGCAUCUACCCCGAGGAGAUGAUCCAGACCGGCAUAUCUGCCAUCGAUGGCAUGAACAGCAUCGCCCGGGGCCAGAAAAUACCCAUCUUCUCUGCUGCAGGGCUGCCACACAACGAGAUCGCGGCUCAGAUCUGUCGGCAGGCCGGUUUGGUGAAGAAGUCCAAGGACGUGAUGGACUACAGCGAGGACAACUUUGCCAUCGUGUUUGCAGCCAUGGGGGUGAACAUGGAGACAGCCAGGUUCUUCAAGUCGGACUUCGAGGAGAACGGCUCCAUGGACAACGUGUGUUUGUUCCUCAACCUGGCCAACGACCCCACCAUCGAGCGAAUCAUCACGCCUCGCUUAGCUCUGACAUCAGCAGAGUAUCUGGCCUACCAGUGUGAGAAGCACGUCCUCGUCAUCCUCACCGACAUGAGCUCCUACGCCGAGGCUCUCCGAGAGGUGUCUGCAGCCAGAGAGGAGGUGCCGGGCCGCCGAGGGUUCCCCGGCUACAUGUACACCGACCUGGCCACCAUCUACGAGAGAGCUGGCAGAGUGGAAGGACGCAACGGCUCCAUCACCCAGAUCCCCAUCCUCACCAUGCCCAAUGAUGACAUCACCCACCCCAUCCCUGACCUGACCGGUUACAUCACUGAGGGACAGAUCUAUGUGGACAGACAGCUUCACAACAGACAGAUCUACCCUCCCAUCAACGUGCUGCCGUCUCUCUCUCGUCUGAUGAAAUCUGCCAUCGGGGAGGGGAUGACACGCAGAGACCACGCUGACGUUUCCAACCAGCUCUAUGCGUGCUAUGCCAUAGGGAAGGACGUCCAGGCCAUGAAGGCGGUGGUGGGAGAGGAGGCUCUGUCAGCAGAUGACCUGCUCUAUCUGGAGUUCCUGACCAAGUUUGAGAAAAACUUCAUCUCCCAAGGUGCCUAUGAGAACAGGAGUGUGUUUGAGACUCUGGACAUCGGCUGGCAGCUCAUGAGGAUCUUCCCCAAGGAGAUGCUGAAGAGGAUCCCUCAGAGCACCUUAGCUGAGUUUUACCCCCGAGAAGCCAAGCAUUAGGCCGACUCGUCCGUCUCUGCUUGUCCUGCUGCUUCUGUCUCAGUGAACCUACAUGUGUCCAUACAGUGCCGUGCCGUCAUAUUUGAUGCGAUGUUGUAACCGUAAUGACACUCGUGACUUUCAUGUGGCCUUGACUACACACCUAUCCUGCUUAAACACUAAGCAGCUGCAGACAAACACAGAUGUCUGGUGACCGUGUGAAGGCGAGGGACGCCUGUCUAGGGCUGUGUUUAACGUCUGUGAGGAGCACGUUCUCAUUGUUGUGUCCUGCCAAUAAUUAACACACAAUACCACACAAAGACCAAAAGUACAGAAGACAUGUAAUCAGGGGCUCAGUUGGUCUUAGGCCCUAAUCCUCACAUAUGUCCUUCAUUUCAGUAUCUUUACUCAAGCAGUGACCUUCAUUGUCACUGAUUCGGCUGAUGUUCUUCCUGUAGAUAUACAACACACAGCCUCAUAAAGCUCCUCGGCCCGUGGACAACACUACACACACACUGAACAUCCUGCUCUUUAUUCUCUGCUCACAAGUGACAGUUAAAGGCUAAAGUGGAGCUUCGCCAGCACGUAUCUGUCUAAACCCAGACAGACUGUCAUGUGCUGCCAGCAGGUACAGGUCCUGGUGUGGAAGGUUUCAGCUGUGAGAACCUCCUGAACAAAGCCACGUCUGUCAUGGAAGAGGCAGGAGGUGAAGUUAUGGGAUGUGUUUCAUUCACGGAUCCUUUCCUGCUCCAUGUUGUUGUGGUUUCUUUAGGUGAUCCCUGGUGGUUGACUACUCCUCUUAUCUCUAGUCUGUGAACACAUGGCUGCUGAUGUGUCAAUGCCUUCCUGUGUGAGCAGUGUGUGCGUAUUAAUCAGCUGCAUGCUCCUGCAUGGAUGUGCCUCCACUGUCCUAUGAAAUAAAAGCUGCUGUUGCUGCUCA